AGCACAUAGUUUAUUUUAACGAUAACAACGCUCUCUACGGUGUGUAUGAAAAUGGCGACAAGGGUAUUGAAGGUCUCCGGAACCUUGCUCAGAUUUGCGAAACCUGGAACAAAAUAUGUUCGGUUUCAGCAUACAGCUAGACCAGCUUUUGCCCAAACAUUACUCAAUGUUCCAGAGACAAGAGUAACAACCCUUACAAAUGGAUUAAGAGUAGCCACAGAAGAUUCAGGUAUUCCUACAUGCACAGUGGGUCUGUGGAUAGAUACUGGCAGCCGCUAUGAAACUGACAAGAACAAUGGAGUGGCACAUUUUCUAGAGCAUAUGUCCUUCAAAGGAACAAGUAAACGAUCACAGACUGACCUAGAACUAGAAAUUGAAAACAUGGGAGCACAUCUAAAUGCAUAUACUUCAAGGGAACAAACAGUUUACUAUGCAAAGAGCUUGUCCAAAGAUUUACCAAGGGCUGUAGAAAUUCUGGCAGACAUUAUUCAGAACAGUAAAUUUGGAGAGCAAGAGAUUGAGAGGGAGCGAGGGGUCAUUCUACGGGAGAUGCAGGAGGUAGAAACAAACUUACAGGAAGUGGUAUUUGACCAUCUGCAUGCUGUAGCAUACCAAGGAACACCUCUUGGUAGGACCAUCUUGGGACCCACUGAAAACAUCAAAAGCAUCAGUCGACAGGAUUUAGUAGAAUACAUCACCAACCACUACAAAGGUCCAAGGAUUGUCUUUGCUGGUGCUGGAGGUGUAGGUCAUGAAGAAUUGGUCAAACUGGUGGAUCAGCACUUUGGUUCUUUGAAAACCACGUAUGAAGGAAAAAUACCAAUUUUGACUCCUUGCCGAUUUUCAGGAAGUGAGAUCCGAGUGAGGGAUGAUUCCAUGCCAUUUGCUCAUGUAGCUGUUGCUGUUGAAGGAUGUGGCUGGACCAAUCCGGAUAACAUCCCUUUGAUGGUAGCAAACACACUCAUUGGAAGUUGGGAUAGAUCACAUGGAGGAGGCUCAAAUGUGGCAAGUAAACUUGGGCAAGCUGCAACAUUGGGUAACCUAUGCCACAGCUUUCAGUCUUUCAACACCUGCUACAAAGAUACUGGACUUUGGGGAAUAUAUUUUGUGUCUGAAGGUUUGAGUCUUGAGGAUAUGCUCUUUAAUGUCCAGUCUGAAUGGAUGAGACUAUGUACUAGUGUAACAGAAGGAGAAGUCAGUCGAGCCAAGAAUCUGUUGAAGACAAACAUGCUGCUCCAGCUGGAUGGUUCCACUCCUAUAUGUGAAGACAUUGGAAGACAAAUGUUGUGUUAUGGGAGACGUAUUCCUCUGCCAGAGUUGGAAGCCAGGAUUGAGGCUGUGAAUGCCAAGAUAGUUCAGGAAGUGUGCACCAAGUAUAUAUAUGAUAGAUGUCCUGCAGUGGCAGCAGUGGGUCCAGUUGAAGGCCUUCCAGAUUACAACAGGAUUCGGAGCAGCAUGUAUUGGUUGCGACUUUGAGCUCUGCUGAUAAUUAGUGGUAGUGAUGUAAAUUAAAUUUAAAACACUGAAAAUAAGUCUUGUAACAAUGCCCUUUUAAUUACUUCACAUCAGCCUUAAGUGAUCAUUAAGGUAUAUUUUAGGUUAAUUUUUUACACAUUUAUGGAAGAAAAUAAAAGAACAGGAUAUUGUGGGGUAUUGAUAUGGAACUAAAAUUAGACAGUAAUAGGCAAUUUGAGUUUAUUUAUAUCAUGUCAUUCUGUAACUGCUUUAGAAUUAAAAGUUAUUCCACAGUA